AUUUAAAUAUUAUUACUUAUUAGUUAAACUACUGUAAUAUGUCGGCAGUCAAAGCAGCCAAACAACCGGUUAUAUACCUGACCCGUAUCGAGUCGUUUGAUUCGGCACACCGUCUGCAUAGCCGACAAUUGGACGAUAAGACAAAUCGUGAUACGUUCGGUAAAUGUAAUACAAUUCACGGCCACAACUAUCGGGUAGAGUUGACUGUUAAGGGAACGGCCGAUCCGGUAACAGGUAUACUGUGUAAUAACUAUGUACUCAAACAGAUUAUGUCGGAUACUAUAUUGAAACCGUUUGAUCAUAAGUUUAUCGAUGAAGAUGUCAGCUAUUUUAAGGAUGAAAAUCAUUCGUCGACUGUCGAAAACAUUGUGUUUUUUAUAUGGAAAGCCGUUUCCGAGAGAUUGCCUAUAAAUGUUAGGUUACAUCAAAUCAAAUUGUAUUCAACGGAGAAAAAUGUGGUCACCUUUUCGGGUGAAUUUGAAUAAGCAAUUUGUAUAGCAAUUUAUAAGCAAUUUAUAAGCAAUUUAUAAGCAAUUUAUAAGCAAUUUAUAAGCAAUUUAUAAGCAAUUUAUAAGCAAUUUAUAUGCUAUUUAAUUAAUUACUUGUUUUUAUACUUGAUUUUAAUUAAAAAUGUUGUCACCUUUUCGGGUGAAUUUGA